CCGCUUCCUUGCCGCCGAGCGAUGUUUUGAGGGGAAAUGGGUUCAGGUUUCUGACACGGAAGGGGGAGAUAAUAAUUGAAAUAUUUAUAAUAUCUACCAGUCUACAUUAGAGGGACCAGCAACCGACGUACACACCGCGUUCUUUCUGAACAUUUGGACUGGAAAACAUCAGAAAUUCGUAAGACUAAAGUUUAAAACCUUGAAUCCAGUCCUGUCCUGUCUUUGUUUACUAAGAGCAGGAAACGCUCUGGGAAUUUCCGUGAUAAAGUAGACAAUAAAUGACAUUCAAAUUAAGAUUAGUCGCUUACUAUUUUAAUGACUUUUGUUUACUAGGUUUUAGUUUAAAUAUCUGGUUAUGGAAAGCGGAGGUUUACAGUCCGGUAUGUGCGAAGAAAGGAGACGUUAACUCAAAUGAAACAGAUCAAUGUGUCUAUUAUUAAUAGCGCGUUGCCCACAAGUGGAGAUAUUGGACUUUGUUUCUAAAAUAAGCCAUAGGCCACUAUUUAAAAUAAAGAUAAAGCACACAGAAGAAGAUGGCAUCGACAAAGGUCAAAGCUGGAAUAAAUGAUGAAAGCAGUUCUUCUCAGGAUAGUGGCAGGACAGACCCAGGCAGUCCCACGUUAUCCGCAGGGGCCGGAUCCCUGCCCACCAACAGUAUUUAUACACUAGAUGACCUGGACACUAUUGCCACUGUAGGUACUGGGACCUUCGGAAGGGUUUUUCUGGUUAAGGAUAAGAAGACACAAGGUUUUUUUGCACUGAAGGCGAUGAAGAUUCCAGAUGUAAUCCGUCUAAAGCAGGAGCAGCAUGUUCAUAAUGAAAAAGAGGUUCUGACAGAAGUGAGCCACCCCUUUCUCGUCAGACUGUUCUGGACGCAUCACGAUGACCGUUUCCUGUACAUGUUGAUGGAAUAUGUGAAUGGUGGAGAACUUUUUAGCUAUUUACGCAGUAAAGGACGUUUCAGCAACAACACCGGACUCUUUUAUUCAGCUGAAAUUGUGUCCGCCAUUGAGUACCUUCACUCCAAAGAAAUCAUUUACAGAGACCUAAAACCGGAGAAUAUACUGCUGGACAGUGAGGGACAUAUUCGCCUGACGGAUUUCGGCUUUGCCAAGAAGCUUUCAGAAAGGACAUGGACGUUGUGUGGUACCCCUGAGUAUUUGGCUCCAGAAGUGAUUCAGAGUAAAGGUCAUGGUCAAGCAGUGGACUGGUGGGCGCUGGGUGUGCUAAUUUUUGAAAUGCUAGCAGGGUAUCCCCCAUUUUUUGAUGAUAAUCCCUUCAGCAUCUACCAGAAGAUUCUGGCAGGAAAGCUGGAGUUUCCGCGACAUCUGGAUUUCUAUGUAAAAGAUCUAAUCAAGAAGUUUCUGGUGAUUGACCGGGCAAGAAGACUUGGGAAUAUGAAGAAUGGAGCUGAUGAUGUAAAAAAGCAUAGAUGGUUUAGGUCGAUAGACUGGGAUUGUGUGCACACUAGAAAACUCAAGCCUCCCAUAGUUCCGAAGGUUUCUCACGAAGGUGACACGUCUAACUUUGACACCUAUCCUGAGGACGAGUGGAAAAAAGAUUCACCAGUAGCAGCUAAAGAUCUGGAAAUAUUUAAAAACUUUUGAUAAUAUUUUCCUUAGGAUUGUUGAGAGACAUAAGGGCUGGUAAACAAAAUGACUGUCUAUUUUAACCAUUCAGGUGACACUAAAGGUGCCGUUUUUCCUAAUUCAAUUUUUCAAACUUCAGUUAGUGUGUAACGUUGCUGUUAGAGCAUAAAUAAUACCUGCUUAUCAAAAUACAGGCUGAUGGACUACAGCCCUCUACUUCCCAAGUAAAUGAUGACAAUAGUAUGAAUUUUUGACUAACCUCCGCCUACAUCAAUUAGCCAAAAAAGGGUGUGACCUUGUUGGGCUUCCACAGAGAAGAGAAAGAGUUAAUAGUGUUUUUGUGGCAUGCCAUCGAGACACUGUUAUUUUCAUCCCAGAUACAAAUCCCCUUUGUUUGGCCUUUGCUGAGGACAGUUUCCUCAAUCUGCCAUGACCUUUUCUAGACAACGUGCGCUAAGCUGCUAUUGAAUAAUAACACACUGGACCAGCUACAAAAUCAGAAAUCGUUACGCAUUUCUGAAGGAGGGACUUCAUAGAACAAGAAAGACAUCAGUCUGUUUUUAGUAGGGAUGUCUCGAUCAGGUUUUUUUGCCCUCGAGUCCGAGUCAUUUGAUUUUGAGUAUCUGUCGAUACCGAGUCCCGAUCCGAUACUUCUAUAAUACAUAAAAAAAAAGAAUAAAGAAGAGCGAAAAAACAGAACCAGUCCAGGAUGUUCCUUAUGUCAUGCCGCACGCUUUUUUCUGUGUGGAGUCAAUAGAGUCUAACUCUGUGCCAGCGCAUAACUACAGAUGUGUUAAAAAAUAAUGAAUAUAUACUAUAUAUGUUCAGGGGUUAAAUUGGGGUUUGUUUUGUGGGGAGGCUCUGUUGGGAGGGAGGGUUCGAGGGGUAACAUGUUUAAUCCUGAUGACAGCAAAGCACUGGGUGUGUUUCAAUGACAUUUUGUAUCUCUGAUAGGAUUUUAUAAGUUUCAGUUUAAAGCUGUGCCACAUGUUGACCCAAACUUUAAAACCUGAACUUUAAAUUAUGCAAAUCUAUGAGUCUAACACCCUAUAUGCAUUUGUUGCACAUGUCAAUAUGCACUAUUGAUCAAACUUUGAAUGAAGUUAUAAGACUUAACCUCCUUGACUCAUUCUAGGCAUAAGAUAGGCUACCCAAAAAGACUCAAUUAACAAGAAAAACAACAUACUGAUUCAGCAAUAUAUCUUAUAAAUUAGCCAUAGAGAUUCCCUAAGCUGGUCAGCAGUUAGUUAUAAAAUACCUAUAGUUAGGUUGUAAUUUAUUUGUAUAAUCAAAAUACAUUAUUUUAUUAAACUAUACAAUCAGUUGUAUCCAGUUAUCUAGUUAACAUUUUGUAAUGAGAUGAGUGCAUGGCUAUACAUACUUUAAUACUUUGUUUCUAGACUUCUAUUAAGUUUUUUCGACAUGGGCACCAUUCUUACCUCUCUCUCUCUCUCUCUCUCUCUCUCUCUCUCUCUCUCUCUCUCUCUGUCUCUCAUCUCUACAGUAAUGUCAAAUGAUCCUGCGCGAAUGCGCGUUCUUGAGGUUCUGAGUGAGACGCGGAACUGCGUCUGAGCACAUGUUGACAAUAACGAUCAACGCAUCGUUUAAAUGAGCGGUAAAAUGCGGUUAUGUCGUGGGUUCCUUGCACGCACGAGUGUGAAGCCUAUGAAUGAAAGCACGUCAAUAGGCUUGUUCGACUUCAUGCGGCGCCGCAACAAUCGACAGCCGGGUGAAGUCAAACUACCGCGAGAGUGAUCCGCGAAAUCAUACGGAGGAGUUUUGACGCGGAACUUUGACGUCAUGCAGCACCACAAGAACCGGCAGCCGGAUGAAGUCGAACAAGCCUAUUCUCUUCAGUUCACACGCACCAGCUCAGCGCGUACACUGGCGCGGAGCAGAGCGUGAACUUAAUGGAUUUUAAACCCUGCAUAUGUAUCCGAGUCCUGAUCGGGAGGUAAUGUCCGAUUCCGAUCGAGUCUGAAACCACGUGAUCGGGGCCGAUUUCCGAUCACGAUGAUCGGAUCGGGACAUCCCUAGUUUUUAGUGCAGUGAAUAGCAAAAAAUUGUAGGAAACAUGAACGCGUUAUAUUCCACACAUUAUACACAAUCAAAGCUUCAAUAAAAAUAGGGAAAAUACGGCACCUUUAAAAUGUCAUAGUUUCAUCAUUAUAGACAUUUUCUUACAAAACUUGCAAUCAUCAACAUAAUUAUGAUAAUUGCCUCAAAAAUUAUUAUGGAAGAAACUUCUUUAGCAUCCACUAAAUGAUGAACAACUUAAUUUUGUUCACAUAGACUUUAUAUUAUGCAAAAAUGUUUUAAAAUGGUAAUAACAGGGGUCUGUUCAAGAUUCUCUUUGCUGGAUCGGGACAAUGCCUUUGCUUACCUAAAAGUGUAUAGUCAUGUUUUUGUUAUGACUCCAUAGCUUGAAAAGUUUGAUAAAAGAGUGCUUUUAGCCUGACUAAAAACUGAACUAUAGUUGUGUUUAUCCCCAGUCUUGUAAGCAUAUCUGUAUGUACACCACCACAAAGUUAGAAUACAAAGAGCUUUAGAACAGAUUUCUGCAGGCAAAAUCAAGCUAGAACGUACCUUCUGAAACUUGACCUCACAAACCUACUGGCAGAGCUGGGUAGUAACGGAUUAUAUGUAAUCUGGACGCGUUUAGACGCGUUUUCCCCAUGUUUCCCCAUGUUGUAAACAAAUUCUGCCGCUCUGUCUUUUGCAACUCAGUGCCAGUAACCGCAGUCACUUUCACCGAAGGUGAUGUCAUGUGCAUAAGCUCUAUUUAGUAAAUCUCCUAUUUUUAUUUUUUACAUUUUAAAAACAAAUUUACCUACCGCUUAUAUAUGUUCAUAAUUGUUUGAGUUUUUCCGUGGGAGAGGGGUGUGGAAUAAUACAGGAGAGAAGCAACGACGAGACAAAAUGCAAAAUGGAGGAGCACUCAGUGUUUGAUCACUGUCUGCAUGUAUAGACACCAAUUCUUUUUAAAGAAACUCGCAGUUUGAAAGGGGACAGAGAAUGAAAAACCAGUUUUACCUUGUCUUUGUUGAAUAAUGGUAGUCUACCCGCAUUCACGAACAUACAAAAAGUGCUAGACAUGCUAAACAUCUCAGUCUCAUAGAAAUUCCUCUUUUAGAAAUGUCAGCCAGAAAACGGCCCAAUCUGAAAAACUGAUGCUUAUGACAUCACAAGCAUCUCACUGCCUCUCCACUUUAAAAUAAUUGGCUACAUUUUUUGAGUGGCAGCAAAGUCAGCCAAUCAGUAAUGAGAUUGCAAGUUAAGCCAGUAGGGGGAGCCAAAUAGGUGCAAAACCACUUGUUUAAAAUCCCCCACCUUAACAGAGCUAUCUGAGAGAGGUUUUUAGGAAGCUUCUAAGGCAUUACAGACCCAAAUAAAAAAAAUUUGUCUACAUGUCACAUCACAGAACAAGGAUAAAUACCCUGUUCAAUCAUUCUAUGUCCCCUUGAAGAAACACUUAAGAUUUAUUUGUCAGUUGAAUUUUUAGACCUAGCAGGGUUGUUCCAAUGAAUUUUAUGAAAUUCAAUAAGGUUUUUUGCAAUGUUGCUGUUUUUGUUUUUAUUUACUUAAAAUUAAGUAAUUAUGUUUAAAUUAUAGAGUUAGCUUUUGUUUUAUGUAAUGUGUUAAUAUCAGUUGACACUAAUAGCAAAGUAAAUCAGUGUUAAUAUUCUGAAGUAUUAACUGACCGUCCAUUGCACUUUAAAAAUUAGUUUUUAAGGCUCUUGUUGGUGAAAAAUAAUUUAAUAUAUUUUUUUUCCUCUUUAUAUAUUUGAAAUCAAAAAAUAUUUGUCAAAAGUAAUCUAACUGUAAUCCAAAAGUAGUCAGAUUAUGUUACCAAUUUAGAGAUUAUAUUACUGACUACACAUUUUGUCAUGUAAUUCAUAAUCAGUAACUGAUAACGUAUAAUAGUAAUCUACCCAGCUCUGCCUACUGGUGACCUUAAUGCUUAGUCGCAUCAUAUAGUGUACCUGUUCAAAACAAUUUGGCUAUUAUGCUAUUUGAUGCAUCGUGUUAUUUAUGUUUUUACCAACUGGUUAAGUGUAUAAACAUUUCAGGAUUGGGAGCCAUUCCAUGUCUUGCAAUGGUAUGGGGUUGAAUCACAAAUACAUGUUAAAUGGGGUUUGCUAAAUUUAAAGUCUUGAUGAGAAGUGACUGUUGUGUAAAAUGCUUUAAAACUGUAGCUACUGUGUCAGUUUAAAAUAAUUCUUCCUUUUUACUAAAUCUUUAGACUGUUUUUGACUGGAGCAAAGAUCAUUGUACACAAAUUCUGCCGCUCUGUCUUUUGCCACUCAGUGGAUGUAACCGCAGUCACUAUUUUUUUAGUGUCUACUGAACAAAUAACACUUGGCAUAAUUUGUAAAAAAAGCACUCACAUUAAAUUACAAUUACAAUUUUAUAUUACAAAAACCAACCAACAAUACAUGGCAAUUCAUGUCUUUUAUAAGGUGUCUAAUUCUUGUUAAUUCAUACGACCACAUUUGUACAUGUUUGUACGUUUGCUUUUGUCCUUAUGACGUUGGGGUUAGGGGUGAGGUUUCGUUAUUGUUUUUCUGUAUCAUAUUCAUAUGUUUUUGUAUGAUUUACUUCUUACAAAAUUUGCCAACUUGUAAAAUAUUAUAGAAUUCUUUUGAGAUCAAGUGGAACCAACAUAAGGAUUUCAUAAAGUUCUUUACACUAUAUUGCAUGGUCAGUGAUAUGUAUCGUAUAAAGAGGUCUCUGAUUUUUUUUUUCUUUUAAUCAUGUAUAUAUAUCUUUGUACCUUGAGUAAAUAUUUUUUUUUUCAAAAUUAUACUUUAUUUUGUUUGCAAAAACAAAGGAUAAACUGAAGCAUGACCUUAAUAAUUGACAAAAGCCCAGCAUAAAAUACUCAUUUAUAAUGGUUUGUAAUAAUAGUUUUUUUAAUAAUAUUUUCCUUUUAUUGCCUUAUGAACAUUGAUGGUAUAUUCAAGAUGGUACAAAUGCAAUGUUACCUUGCUGUUAUGAAGAAAGACUGCAAAAUCUAUUACCAUGAAAAUAAACUGAACUUUUCAUGAGACCAUAAGUAUUUGACUAAUAAAU